AUGAGCUGGAAAGAGAUUCGAACCACGGAGGGCAUCACGAGGUUCUUGAGGAAUCAAAAAUGUCCAAUCUCGGAUGUUUGCACAGUUUCUGAAAAACUGCUCGAGGAUGACGAGCCAGUGGCCCUUCCAGACAAAGAGAGGUUUAUUUUUGAGCUAGUCUGCGAUCGGCUGGGGCAGGCCAAGAAUCGAGAAUACAGGAGCAGCAGGGAAUUUUGGGGCUUAUUCCAGAAAGUCUGGCUAGCAUUCGAUGCAACGGAAUCUUUGAAAUCAACAAGAAUCAAGUGCAUUAAUAGGAUUAGAUUCAAUGAUCUGGUGGUGUCCAUGUUGAGCGAUGUGGAAUUUGAGAACGACGUCCCCUUUCUCGUUAUAUUUGUCGAUUGUGUGAAUCUAGUGAUGAAUGAGCAUCGACUGGCGUUUUCUUCGGAGACGAACGUCGAAAUGGUUGCAAGACUAUUGGACCUUGCACUUAAGACGAAGCAAGACUCGUGUAUCAAGUUAGCUUACCGAAUUUUCAAAAUGGCCAACACAACCACUCUUCACUACAGCAAGAAAAACGUUGCUCAUUUUUGCGCCGAGUGUCUCCCCAGCCUGUUGUGUCUGAUGAGUUCCAAUGAAGCUCAGCUCCUGGAAAGUAUGUUGAGAGAGGUGCUACUGCGAAGAGACGCAAUUGCAGACCUUAAGGAAAACGUCGGGUUCUUCUGCAAUUCAGCAUACGUCAAGAAAAUAGAAGGGUCGUUGGUGGCAGACCUUUUUCAAAGGAUAGCAAGGAGACUUGCAAUCAGCGAUAUGGAACAAGUUUAUAUGGAGAUUGUUUCGAAGUUUCCGGACGUGAAAGUGGACUUGCUACGGAGAGUUGUGGCAAUGAACAAGGUUCUGUCAACCAAGUUUCUCACGGAUUUGGUUGAAUCUAGUGAGCUGAAUCUGGAAAUCUUGCAACUUGCAAUCAACAAAAAUGUGGAUGUCGGUCUUCACUACGCGAGCAGGAUUUUUGAGCUGGCCAGCACUGGAUUUGAAGAACAAAAAUUCAGUAUACUUGCUACUCUGCUAGAUGUUUACGCGAAAGCUCGUGAGAUCGACGAGUUUUUCGAUCUCUGGCUCAAAAACUGCAACCAGGAGUCUGUUUUAAUCUCCGACGACUUUGUGACACGGGUUGCUCAGGUAAUAGUUGACCUAUCACAGAAACAAAUCACUGCCUUGGUCAGCAAAUAUGUCGAGACUUUCAAAGAUAGCGAGUGGAACUCGGUUCUUCUUUCUGCAAUUGCAAAAUGUCUUCUUUCGAGUGUGACCGGAUCGACUCACACGGCCGUCACCAAAACACUGCAACAGACCGUGCAAGAAGCCAAACCGCUGUUUCUCCGAGUUCUUGAUCACAAGCAAGGUGGUUCUCAUUAUUGGAAGCUUGCCACAAUGAUCCUCAUGAUAUACGCCGUCGAGCCUGACUUACCACCUGGCGAGACCGAUGAGUACUACUUUGCGUAUCUUCGUCUUUGCGAGCGCGACCUAUCACACUGCAACGAAACCCAAUUGAACCAAUUUAUCAACCACUAUAAGACCUCUGGCCUUGACUUCAAGCGUGUGAUUUUCAAACGGUGGUUUGUUCUCAUGAAUGCGAUGCUCAAUAAGCAGCAGCUCAGAACUCUUGUUGAAGAAUAUUUGAGAGUCGAAACAGAGCCGGUACAGGUGCUUUCAAACGGCGUCUUGCACGAACAGAUCAAUCUCGUGAGAGAAAUAAUCAACUACAUCGUCCAUCAUUUCAGUGAAGAUCCCGAAAAGAUGGCACAGUACACAGAACAGAUUCCAGUAUACUGUUACUCGCGCGCUCAGCGAGAACACGCUUUAGAUGCGUUGGUUUCUGUGCCGUCUGAAGCCGCCUUGGCUUCCAUAUUAAUGCUUUUGAGUCAACCUACGAUGAGAUCCAAGCUCGAAUCCAAUAUCGACGUUCUGAUUUCAUUUGUGGACUCGUCCGAAGACCCUAGACGGAUGGAAAUUGCGGAAAAGAUAUUCGAUUCGCAUCUUCGUCAAGGGUCUGCAUUUGUGUGCGACGCUGAAAAAGAACUUGAGAGCAAGAGCCUCAAAACAACGUUGUGCCUGCUGCGGGCAGAGCGCAAGCUGGGAAAACUAAACGCUCAGCUGUUUGACGCUACAGUCAAGAGGUGUAUCGAGAGCCUUUCUACAGGAAAGCGUUAUUUGGAUUUCUUGGUGGAAUUGAAAAGCUGGAACAACGAGGCAGAUCCAUCCAUCAAACCGGUCAUCAAGCAGCUGGGCGCCAACUGUGACGAGAAUACCUCAGCAAAGCUCUUCUCGCUGGUAUGCCACCUCAAGAAUACCUACAGCCCAAGCUACGUGCUUGCCCUGUACUUGAAUUUGAGAGAUUCGCCUGAAGUGAUCAAUUCACUAAAAACGUACUUACAAGAGCUUGGUUCCGAGCAAAUUCCUGCUCUGUGGGUGCGGGUUUUGGAGAGCGACGCAGAUUCCAGCAAACUGUGCUCUUUGAUAGGUCUAUUUCUACAGGUUCAGACAUCUGAAAAUCAGUAUGUCCAGAAACUGACGAUUGCUUCACUUUCCAAGCUUCUGGAUUUGCAGCUGUCCACAAAAGACAUGAUUUAUGUGACAGACAUCCUCAAACAAACGUUGAGCUCUUCACAUUGGAUGCUGACACAGUACACUGUAGAGCUGAUCAUCACUUUUAUCAACCGAGUCACGAUACAACUCCUGGAUUUCGAGGGAUCUCUGGGUGAGAUACAAAGUCUCUUUGCUCAAAACUGUCAGCUACUUUCGAAUAUUCUGCUUUUCCAACGGUUCAGAUUCUCAAACAGACAGCACUUGAUAACGCUGUCCUUCAUCCCGUUAAUGGAGUGUUUAUUCAAACUCAAAAUGGAUGCUUCUGCUGGACUGGCAUACCAACGUCUGGUUGGGAACCUGUGUGAGAUUUCAGCCUCUUCGGUGACAAAUGCAGAAACCGACUCGUCUCUAACGAGUGCCGUCUCGUACAUGAAAUACCAGCUGCGAAAGUUCUCGUCUCUGUUGAUCAUGCACUACGUCAAGUUCUACCUCAUUUAUCGACUAGAUCCUGCUACCAAAGAAGCACUAGAGAGCAGCAUGUUUGUGAUCUUCGAUCUUUUGACGAUCAACGAACUGAACUACAUCAAUGUGAGUCUUGACUCUCAAGCGAGAGUGGUCUACAAAACUCUUUAUGACGAUUACAAGAAGUUUGGUAAAUGGAGAGAAGAGUGA